AUGCCAAAGCGCAAGUUUUCCGACCUAAACGACCGAUCCUCCGGGCCCAGCGACAUCAAACUCGCGCGCCUAACCGCCAGAUUCGAAAACGGCGUGACGGCCUUAUCGCGGGCCCUCAAAACCGCCCGGGCCUUUGAGCGCCAGAAACUCGGCCGGCGAGAGAAGACCGCCAAGAGCGAGAAUAAGCCGGAGGCGCUGGCGAGAAUCGAGGAGGAAAUUAAGGUGAUCAAGACUCUCAAUUUCCAGUCCACGGCGGAGAAAUACCUCUUCAAGCAGCUUGUCAAGACAAAGCGGAUCGCCGAGUCGCCUGUUUUUCUGAAGUUCAAGGAACGGAAGAAUAUCUCUACGGAGGGGCCGCGGAGCACGGCUGAGGCGAAUGUCACGGCGCGGCUUUACAAGUCGAAUCCGGUGAAGAAUGUCUUUCCGGGUAUUAUGGACGGGAUCAGGCAGUUACUUGGAUUGGAGGUUACACCGGCAGGCAAGAAGAGUGGGCCAGAACAGAAGAAGGGGUCCGCCGACCAACGCAAGAGUGAAAGCAAAGAGCAAGAGCCAGUACCAUCGUUGGAUGGGAGAUCAGAGCCGGAGACAGCAUCUGACGCCGACAACCGAAAGACUGCGUCCAAGCAAGCAGACGAAGGAGAAGAAGGAAGCGACGUCGACAUGGACGACGCCGAGAGCGUAGACUACUCGCACUUUGACGCACGGCUAGCCCCAGGCUCCGGUUCCGACAGCGAUGGCGAAAGCGACGCCGAAGAAGCAUCACACUCCGACGACUCCAACAACCCAGUCCACUACUCCGACAUCUCUCGCUCUGUCUCCCGCUCUCCCUCCCCCGAACAACCAACGAAGAAGUCCAAAAAGGCCUCCUCCUCCUCCACCACCACCCCAGCCACAAGCACAACCUUCCUCCCCUCUCUGACAAUGGGCGGGUACUUCUCCGGCUCCGAGUCCGAGCCCGAAGACCUCGAGGGCGCAGCGGGCCCUCCGCGCCGAAAGAACAGAAUGGGUCAGCAGGCUCGCCGUGCCCUCUGGGAGAAGAAGUACGGGAGUGGAGCGAACCAUAUCAAGAAACAAAAAGAUAAUGAAAGGAAGAAUAGGGAUAGUGGCUGGGAUACGCGCCGGGGUGCUACGGAUGGCUCUGAAGGGCCGAGAGGCAAGCGCGGGCUGGGUCAGGGACGAGGGGGCGAUAGAUUCCGACAGAGGGAUAACGACGCCACCGGUGGUGACCGGCCGCAGCGUGGUCCUCCCGGCGGCUUCAACAAGAAGAAUGUUAAGGAUGAUAAGCCGUUGCAUCCUUCUUGGGAGGCGGCCAGGAAGGCCAAGGAGCAAAAGUCGAUGGCGUCGUUCCAGGGAAAGAAGGUCACGUUCGAUUAG